AGUAUCAAACGUACGCGUACCAAAGGGACCCGCGGCGGCAAAACCAAAAGUAGCAAAUGAGUGCGUUCGAGACACCGCUUUUCAUCAUGUGCUCCUCUUGAAGCGUAUACUUCGUUUGCAUCAGAUUCAGUGAAAGAGAUAUAGAACCACGACAAAGGCAAAGCUGAUCAAGAAAAAUGACGACUGAAGUGCCACUGCCACGACUUGCCGCGUCCGCACUGGAAAAGGGCACUCCGAACAAGAGGGCGGAAGCUGCCCCCGCCGGACCCGCUGCUGACAAGGAGAAGGAUGUACGAAAAAAAAUGACGUUUUUUUGUGAGCAGGUUAUUCUGAUAUUUUUGUGCUAGCACCGAGGUGACACCUUGCACAGCACAACUGUGACAAAAACAAAUUCGCAGAUAACAUUAACAAGAGAGAUGAAAUUACUACAGGUUAUUGCCCUCGAGCAGUCUUCCAGAACUAACGACACCCGGGCCGGAGAAGCAGGAGCACCGGCUGCAGUCCAGCACAAGGCGGUCGUCGUGGAAGAUGCAGCGACAACGACCAAGACCCCAACGACGGCAGAGCGGGACGUUGACCAAGAUGACAAACUUGCUUCCCCGCAGCCAGGAAGUAACACCAGUGCCAAGCUGCGGAGUCCCGAUGGGUGGAGCAGUCUGAAGCAAACGGCAGCUACGUCGUCCAACACAGCAGCGUCCGCGGCAAUAACAAGCGAUCCAGCACCAAAAAGAGCGGUGGAACAAACCACCAAAACAACCGCUGCGGCGAGCAAAGGGACCAGAGUCGACGACGGCGAGAGCACCAAAGAGAUGAUGGACCACGUCGCAGCGAAAAAACCAUCCUCAACAAAUACCGCGCCGUCUGCCUCUUCUGGUUGUACUACUUCUAUCACGAAUGCGGAUCAUGCGGCGAAGAAGAACACGGUCUCCACCUCCAGUACAACCUCCCCGGCAAAGGUGACGUUCCACCAGGACGGGAGCCCGCUGACCAGCACCACGGCUACGACCAGCAGCGCCAAUUCGGUGCAGGACCAGCAGGGAAUCGAACUAGUCGUCGAAGAUGAAGAUAAGGAGGUCACCGACACCGCCGGUUGGAAGAAGAAUAUGGCCACUUGUUCGGGAAAGGAUGAAUCCAAAGUUGCAGCACGGACAACAACUGGUGCAGUCGGACCGACGAAGGCUUCAACUACAUCUACAGUGAACAAGACUACUACAGCUGCGGGUACUAGUACGAAACCAAGCGCAAAAAGCAGUCCGAAAGAACUCAUCUCUACUUCUACGUCCACAACUAAGACAACCGCUUCAACCGCGCCGGGUCCAGCGCUGCUCUCAUCAAAAUCACCGUCGAGGGCCCAAACGACCAACACUACACCGAUAACCACCACGACGAAGGAAGCGCCGGCACCCACGACGCGCAAGGAGUUCAUGGGCCCGUUCAUCUCCAUGAGAGCGUACAAGCGGGGCGUUUUGCAUGAAGACGCCAGCACGACGGACGCAGAAAGUGAGCCAGAAAAGGAAAGCCCGGUAAUAUUCAAGAACAGGAGUAAACAAGAUGCCCAAUGGCAAUGUUGAGACGUUUGUUUUAUUGUUUGCACCAUGUCUACUAGUACUGUAUGCUAGUGCUACCUACUUUUUACUCUAGUUGUGUGGUGCACAUAUUAUGAUUGAUGAAUUUCAUAGAGACUCGACAUCUACAUCAACUUCUUUCUCAUUUUCAUUUAUCAGGUCGACAGCGAGCAUUCCGAUGACAGUGACGACGAUUCGGAUGACGAAGAAGAGGAAGAAGUGCAUUGGGGCUGGACCGUCGCUAAGUACUUUAUUUGGGAAUUUUUUGGAGCUGCUUGCAGCCGCACUUGCUGUAAAUCCAAAUGCAACUCCAAUUCGUGCAAUUCCAUUUUCCACACCGCAUGGGCUUUUCUUCCGCAGCUUGUUGUACUUACUUGUUUCACGCGACGGGUUGCGAAAAUGGCUAUGGUAUCAACGGUGUUCAAUCUAUCAAAAAACGAACAACAAAAACUUUGACUUUUCAGGUACUGCGGUAUGGGGUUGAUCACGUUGGCGAUCUUGUUCGACGAGAUGGAGUGA